CAUCAUGCACUUCAGAUCCUUUAUCUCAUAAGGCUGAGCUUGAAAGCAAGAACAUUUUUGAAACAUUUAAUAACAUGAAACCUUUUAUGGCAUUUAUUCAAACCAGGAAUUGGCAUCUUGUACAUUGUGUCACUGUGUUUCUUCUAAUAUGUGGAGAUUGUACCAAGGCAUUUGAGAACAAUACUCAAAACCAGAUGAACAGAAAUGUUUCAAAGGGAGAGAAUGUUAUUUUACACUGUGAUGGAAAUCGGACUAGUAAAUCUGAAGAUAUUGUCUGGCAUAAAGACAAGAUUCUUCUUUUUAACUACAGCCCAGUAAUAAACCAAACUUUGAUCAACUACACAUCAGACAGGAUGCAUGUUGACCCACAAAAUCCAAGAAAACUACAGAUAUCUGAUGUACAGAUUUCAGAUGCAGGAUUAUACUCAUGUUUGCCAUUUGAAAAGGAGUGGAUAUUGACCAUACAUGGUAACUCAACACAACCAUUAAAGCUAGUCAUCAUACUCCCCUCAGUUACAGGAGCUGUUGCAAUCGGUCUCAUCAUCUUCUGUACUGUGUGUAUUCACAGGAAAUGGAAAAAGAAAGUGGACAUCCAUCCACAUGGAGGAGGAAUGAACAACAAUCAGAGCACCAACUAUAUUGAGAGACUUAACUCAGUUUAUGGACAAUAUCAUAUAUGAAGAUUGAGAAUAAUCUGAACAAUAUUGCAGGUACACUUUACUGUACAGUACCUGUAUAUGCAUGAUUUAUUGCAUUGCUUUGCUGCCAUGUGAUUGAACAACAAUCAUGAUACAUUCAAACAUAGACAUAUACAUAAAAUACAAACAAAAGAUCAUUAAUGUGGCACUGAUGUCAGGUGAGGGGGCUGUGAAGUCAGGGCUCAGUGUAGGAUGUAAUGUCAAGCUGGAACAUUGACUGGGUAUCUUCGUAGCAGUGAAGGUAAAUUGUAAUUUUACAGCAUACAAAAACAU